AUGGCUUCGGUGAGGGGCGCGUCCUUGUCCAUGUCCGCGUCGGACGGGACGCUGGACACGGACAAGAUCUCUGGGAAGCCCGAGAACACCUACAUCCUGCGGCCCGUGUUCCAGCAAAGGUUCAGACCCUCUGUGGUGAAAGAAUGCAUCCAUGCUGUGCUCAAGGAGGAGCUGGCGACCGCCGAGUACUCUCCGGAGGAAACACCUUCGCUCACAAAGCGCCUGUCAGAAACGAUUAAAGAUAAGUUAAAAACCAUGGGAUUUGAUCGAUAUAAAAUGGUGGUGCAAGUAGUUAUUGGAGAACAAAGAGGUGAAGGAGUAUUCAUGGCUGCCCGCUGUUUCUGGGAUGCUGACACUGACAACUACACUCAAGAUGUUUUUAUGAAUGACAGUUUAUUCUGUGUUGCAGCAGCAUUUGGCUGUUUCUACUAUUGA